AUGGACGUUGAAGUGCGAAGGAGCAUCAAUGGAGUCGAGACAUGGAGCACUGUGAAAGCGAUCGAUUUCACAAACGAGGGACUUCUUAUCGCUGGGGAUGCUGACCAAAAAGACAUCCAAAAGAUCCCUUUUUCCGAUGUCAGGCUGCCACCAAUUUCAACUCCAAAACAAUCUUACAAGGUCGGCGAUGAAGUUGAAGCCUUACUUCGCGGCAGAAUGUGGCAGCGCGUGAAGAUCACCGAGUUCAAGGGCGAUUUGGUAAUUGUGGAUCUGGCAGACGGAAAGACCGACGUUGUUGAAUUUAACUCCAAACUUCGACCAGUUAACACUCGUUACAGGACACUUACCAAAGAUUCUUUUUGUCAAGAGCGAAUUAAAAUCCCCGACGACCUCGUGGAUUACUUCAAGAAGAUGAAUAUCAACGAGCAAUUCGCUGCCAAGGUUGAGAGAUGUUUUGCUAAAAUGGAGGAUGGUCACAUGGUCGUCUACGCAACCGAAGAAGCUAAAAUCAAGCGCGCAAAAAUGCUUUCAGAUAUUUUCAUCCGGGACCAAAAACACCACAUGGUUCUUACGCAGAAACAAGAAGAAGCACGCAAGGCACUUGAUAAUACUGAAGAAGAUGCCUCCACUUACAUUGAAGAAUUUGUUGUACCACAAGAGCUUAUGGGUUUGGCCAUCGGAUCAAAUGGGAGCAAUAUGAAACAAGCAAAGGGAAUUGAAGGUGUUCGUGACAUUAAGGUAAUAGAGAGCGAUGAUCAGACACCUGCUCGUUUCAAAGUGUAUGCAGACGAUCCGGAAGCAGCUCAACAAGCUCGUGCCCUUCUCGAAUAUGCUCAAGAAAGUGUUCAUGUACCAAAAGAACUCGUUGGAAAUGUAAUAGGCAAGAAUGGGAACGUUAUUCAGGAUAUUGUUGAUAAAAGUGGUGUGAUUCGAGUUCAAAUUGCUGAAGGUACGGCUGACAACGAACAGCGUGUUCCUUUUACCUUUACGGGUACUAGGCAAUGCAUUGAGGAUGCUGACUUUUUGAUUCGCUAUCAGAUCAAAAAUAAUGAAGCUAUGAAGGAAUUGCGCCAGAAUGUUGAUGAAUUGCAACGCCGGAUGUAUCACAGUAGCAAUGCUCCAGUGUUUGGUGGAGGAGCUCGAGGAAGAAACGGCUUUGCAAACAGGCGUGGUCGCGGCGACAGAAGUGGCUUCAAUGUUGGGGAACGCGUGGACUACGAUCAAUUUGAAAGUCGACAGAACAACGAUGAAGUACGCCCUGGUCAACGUCAAUUUAGUGAUCGUAGAGGACAAGGACGUGGAUAUCGUGGAAACGAUGGAUUCCGCCAAAAUCGUCGCACGGGAUUUCGUAAUGAUCGGGGCAAU